AGUCUCAAUCUGACAACACACACUGCAAAAACGGAAAGCGCACCUUGUGACGACAGUUAAACAACGCAAACUUUCCGGAGUUUAGAGCACACACAUAUAUAUAUAUAUAUAUAUAUAUAUUUUAAUUUAUCGAGGGAAAUGGAAUGGAAUUCUUUCAUACGGGCUGAAAAACAGGAGUAGAGAGCAAGGUUAUAGUCUUCACUCAGAGUUCAGACAAGGGUCACAAUGAUUGCUGAGUGAUUGAGUGGACUCAUUAUGGAUAUUGGCAACGAAGUGGAUCUCUCCAACAGCAAUAUCACUCCUCUUUGGAAAAGACGGAGCGAAAAUAACAUGAAGCCCAAGCCCAGACCUCACAGUUACCAAAUAGAUGGUGUUCUUAUGACAGACUUUCCUGCGGAUGAUAGGUGCAUGUUCACUCUCACCCAGCAGGCUGAGAAGAUCAGCACCACUGCGUCAAACACUACAGUGCUGAAACACACUCUCAACAAACCCACAAAGAAGACUAGGGUGGUUCGGAGCAUCAGUAUUGGAUAUUUAUCUAACGGCCGGUUCUCUCUGUCAAACUUUACUAAAUCGGACAAUGAUAAGAAUGCAGAGGCUACUUCUUCCCCUAAAACACCAUUGUUGCCCACCAAGAAUGGGAAUGGACUCAGUGUUUGGCAUGAUAUAACAGAGCCCCUUAAACGUCUCUCUAGUCAGCUCACCCUCACCUCUCAAAGGGAUCAGAUUGUUUUUGGGGAUGCGUCUCCACCGCCAGACACAGUUUCACCAAAACCUAUCACCUCAAACAUAUCACCUCAGAUCUCCACACGGUCACGCCAAUCGCAGGAUGUCCCUGGGUCUCCCAUUGGCCUCCGGAGCUCCCCGCUUCACAGUUCCACCUCCAGCAUUCCCUCCAUUUCCUCCAACCUUAGCCUUCCCUUAGACCCCCUAACGCCCUGCAGCCCCUCCCCUGCUGAAAGGCCGGGGGGCAUCCUGUUGCAGAGGCAGAGUUCCGGGUCAUCUCAGGGCUCGGAGGGCAAGCAGCCCCCUUCCCCGAUAAUACUGAGCACCCACAGUCCUGCAGCGCAGAAGAUGGGCACCCAGCAGAUCAUCCCCAGGGGUCUGGUCUCUGACUCACGCUUCAGCAAGCCCUCUCAAAAGUUUAUGGACACUGGUAAAGGUGCCUUCCGACCGCGAAGCAUGUUUGAGACUUCUUCUUUCUCCACCAGUAAGGAUGAUGAACUGGAUAGAGAUGAGAAUGCAGGACUACUGACAAGAGGCCAGCGCUCCAAAUCAUAUCGCCGAGCAAUGUUCAGUGGUGUAGAUAUAGACAUUCUAUCAUUAGACCCAAAGGCCAAACGCCUGUCCCAACCUGUGCUGAAAGGAGUCGCUGAAGAGAGACAGUCUAACCCGAGUCCAUACAAGAGCAAAAAUGUGGAGCGGAAGAAAGGCCUCCCAACCCAACGGACGUUUGACAGUGAGGAGGAUGAAGUUCUGUACCAGAAUUACCAAGAGAAAGCCCUGCACAAUGAUUCUGAUGAGGACACUGAGCCCAAACAACCUCAGCCAGAUAAAGGCAUUGUGGUCCAAUACAAACCCAUCCGGACAUCCUGGAGUCAACUUAGUGUGGUUAAAAAAAGUGGAAAGUGUGAGAUGUUAAGCCAAGAAGAACGAAAGAGACAAGAGGCCAUAUUUGAGGUCAUCUCAUCAGAACACAGUUACCUACACAGUCUGGAAAUCCUCGUUCGCCUCUUCAAGAACUCAAAUGAGCUCAGCGAGACCAUUAACAAAACAGACCAUCACCAUCUCUUCUCCAACAUCGUUGAUGUCUGUGAGGCCAGCAAAAAGUUUUUCAAGGAACUUGAAGAUCGGCACCAGCAGAACAUCGUAAUUGAUGACAUAAGUGACAUCGUUACAAGGCACGCCCAGUCAAACUUUGACCCCUAUGUGACAUACUGCUCGAAUGAAGUGUACCAGCAGAGAACCCUGCAAAGACUCCUAAAUAAAAGCUCUUCCUUUAAGGAGGUACUGACACGGAUCGAGGCCCACCCGGACUGCCGGAACCUUCCCAUGAUCUCCUUCCUCAUCCUUCCCAUGCAGAGAGUCACACGACUGCCCCUGUUGAUGGAUACCAUAUGCCAGAAGACGCCCAAUGAUUCGGCCUUUUACGAGGCAUGUAAAAAAGCUCUGCAUGCUGUCAGCAAGCUUGUGAGGAAAUGUAAUGAGGGUGCUCGUACAAUGGAGAGAACGGAAAUGAUGUACACCAUCAAUUCCCAGUUGGAGUUUAAAAUUAAGCCAUUCCCACUGGUGUCAUCCUCCCGCUGGAUGGUAAAACGUGGUGAGCUAACGGCCUUCGUAGAGGAAAAUGGGAUCUUUUCCAAGAGGACAUCUCGCCAGCAGGUCUAUUUCUUCCUCUUCAAUGAUGUUCUCAUUGUCACACGAAAGAAAAGUGAGGAGAGUUAUACAGUUAUAGACUACGCACUGAGGGAUCAGAUCUGGGUGGGGUUGUGUCAGGCUGAAGACCUGAAUCUCUCUCCAGUACGUGGCACUGCAGGAAUGCUGACGUCACGACAGAACGUGGUCAGCCACCUGUUCCAGAUCAGAUUCCGCAGCAACCACUCUGGAGACAAUGUGACCAUGAUCUUAGGGUUGGAGCUACUUAAUGAGAGAGCCCGAUGGAUCAGCGCUCUGGGACGGAACAACAGUGACAACAAGAAUGACAGAAACAAUGCCAUGCAGGUGGAGGUGACGAGAACGUACACAGCCAGGCAGCCGGAUGAGCUCUCUCUACAGGUGGCUGAUGUGGUGUUGCUGUCACAGACAGUGGAUGGCUGGUAUGAAGGAGAACGUCUGCGGGAUGGAGAGAGGGGCUGGUUCUUGGCCGAGUGCGCUGAACUCAUCACCUGCCAGGCGACCAUCGAGAAAAACAUGCAACGGAUGGACCGUCUGCAAAGCCUAGAGACCAAUGUCUGAGCCCAUUACUAGAGCACUACCUCCUACUGAGGAACAGUACAUGAUAAAAACUGUGGAUGAACUCUAACCACUACAGUGCAGUAACAGCUUUAGUUGCUUCAAAAGGUGAUACAAAGGAUAACUACACAGCAUAUGGACUUCUGCUUUAUCCAGCGGCUUUUAUGUAAUUAUAAACUGAGCUCAGGGCUCAUUUUAUUUUUUUUGUCUGGCAAAAAUGUGCUUUUUCCAAAGUGACACUGGUUCACUGUUCAGUUCAGAGCACUCCUACAUAAGAAGUAACGUUUGUGGACUUGGGAGUCCCUAUUUAAAAUGAAGGAAAGUUUUAUAGCAGCACAGAGAUGUUCACUCACUUAUUCACUCAAGUAAUUGACUCUCAGGGAAAAUGUAAAUGUGAAUCAUGCCAAAUGUAAAUAUGUAUUAGAUAUCCACAAUUUGUAAACUUAUAAAUACAUCUCAUAUGAAUC